AUGUCGCUCAUGGUCACAGACAUUACAUAUUGGUCCAACAGCCAGAUUGUCCUGCACUGGCUGAAGUCAUCAAAACCUACCAAGAGAUUUAUUACCAACCGAGUAUCCGAGAUAUCUAACUUAACCUCAGGGUCGUCAUGGAGAUAUUGCCCAACAGAUAGUAACCCAGCGGAUCUACUUACCCAAGGCAUCACUGCAGAUAAGUUCCUUAGUAGCAGCCUAUGGAGUACCAGUCCCUCCUGGUUAUAUGACACUAGUGCGUGGCUUACUUGGGGUUCUACUCAGGCAUUGAUACAGACGACCAGUGAAGAGCAUACGACAUUAGAUGAUAAUCCUAACAUACCCGCCAUCCAGCAGACGACAUCUAGACAAGACAUUAGCAUACUCCAGUUAACUGACAUAACCAGAUUCAGCAAAUACAGUAAGCUCCUUCGUGUUAUGGCCUACAUACGACGAUUCAUAAACAAUUGCCCAACUAUUCAACAUAGAAUGCUAGGUGUUCUGUCUACACAAGAACUACAAGAUGCUAAGCAAAUGUUAUUGCGAGAUUGCCAGGAAACCGCUUAUCCAGAUGAAGUUACCUACCUGAAGUCCCCUACGUCCCGCUUACCUUGUCCAAUGCUUGUGAAUCAGCUACUGUUGUUUCAAGAUGACGAGUCAUCAGGAGACCCUAAAGUGCCCCUAAUCCACCACCGUUGCCAAAGAUACGAGUUGAAAAUGCACAUCCAUUCACAGUCACAGGUGUUGACUUUACCAGAGCCAUCCAAACUAAGAACAAUACAGGAACCACAUCAAAGGCAUACAUAUGUCUCUUCAGCUACAGGAGCCAUACAUUUAGAAGUUGUCACCAACCUAUCAGAAUCUACAUUUAUGCAAGUGUUUAGAAGGUUUGUCGGCAGAAAGUCCCUUCCUAAAGUCAUGGUAUCAGACAACGCUACGACAUACCAGUCUGCUGCUACCAGUCUCAGAAAACUGUUCCAGUCUGCAUCUGUUAGAACAUCACUGAGUGAAAUGGGUACAGAAUGGCAAUUUAUACCUAAGAGAGCUCCCUGGUAUGGAGGAUUCUGGGAAAGACUCAUUGGCCUGACGAAGGUGACCCUUAAGAAGAUUAUUGGACGAGUGUACUUUACCCUGGAAACCCUUCAAACCAUCACUACACAGGCAGAGUGCAUGAUCAACAAUAGAAGGCUGAUGCACGUUCCAUCCAGUCCACAUGAUCCUAGACACACUGACCCCAGCACACUUGUUGUAUGGCCGCCAGACAACAUCAUUACCAUAUUCCAACGACAUUGA